AUGUCACGGUUUCAAUUCAGCCGGGCACUUUGCACACUCUCACAUUACUCAGAAGCCCAAAUUUUCAAAUGCAACAAGAAAAUCGGGGAGCUUCUGAAACUCGGGAAAGUAGAUGAUGCCCGUCAUGUAUUCGAUUCAAUGCCUCAGAGAGAUACUGUUACCUGGAAUUCUAUGAUAACGGGUUAUUCCAAAAGUCAUCGCAUGAGGGAUGCCCAAGCUCUGUUUGACAUCUGUGAAGAAAAAAAUGUGACUACAUGGACAGCCAUGCUCUCUGGGUAUGCUAAAGCUGGGAAACUUGGUGAGGCUUUGGGUCUUUUUGAGGCCAUGCCGGAGAGGAAUAUCGUUUCCUACAAUGCAAUGAUUACUGGCUAUCUUCAUAGUGGUGAUGUUUGGAACGCGAGGAAGUUGUUCGAUGGAAUGGUGGAGAAGAAUAUCCCUACAUGGAAUUCGAUGGUUUCUGGUUAUUGCCGGUGUGGCUAUCUGGAUGAGGCACGUAAUUUGUUUGAUCGAAUGCCGGAGAAGAAUUCAGUUUCAUGGUUGGUGAUGAUUUCUGGAUACUCAGAGAUGUUUGAUUAUGACCAAGCAUGGUCUCUUUUCUUGAAGAUGCAGAGGAGCCAUGUGAUGCCAGAACAGGCCAUUCUGGCGGUUAUAUUUAAGGUUGCAGCAGAAUUUGAUAAUGUGGGCUUGGUGAUGAAUCUGUUGACUUUGGCGAUCAAAAUUGGGAUUGAUAAAGACGUGGUAGUUGGGACUGCCAUUCUGAAUGGCUUCACAAGGUUAGGGAAUUUAGACUUUGCGAUAAAGUUUUAUGAAGGAAUGCAUGAGAAGAAUGAAUUUUCGUACACCACAAUGAUCGCUGCAUUCUCUCGUAAUUCUAGAUUAGAAGAUGCAAUUGCCUUGUACAAACAAGUCCCUGAGCAUGGUGCUGAGAUAAAAACAGCAAUGCUAACUGCCUUUGCUCAGCAUGGUAGGUUAAAUGAUGCAAGAAAUUUAUUUGAUGAGAUGACAAACCCAAAUAUUACCACAUGGAAUGCUUUGCUCACAGGAUAUGCACAAAAUGGGAUGGUUGAGGAAGCUAAAAGUUUGUUUGAACAGAUGCCUAUACGAAAUGUAGCUUCUUGGGGGGCAAUGAUUUCCGGGCUUCUGCAGAAUGGACAGAGUAGAGAAGCUCUGCAGGUGUUCUCUGCCUUGCAUAGGUCCGGAAAUGUCCCAAGUCAUUCUUGUUUUGCAAGUUCUCUCUUGGCUUGUACGAAUUGUGAAGAUUACCUAUUUGGUAGGCAGAUACAUUGUCUUGCUAGUAAAUUAGUUCACCAGUGCAAUACAUUCAUUGGAAAUGGGUUGAUUUCCUUGUAUUCGAAAUCCAAGGAUAUGGAUGCUAGUUUGGUAGUAUUCAGUUGUACGCAAGUAAGAGAUACUGUUUCUUGGAAUUCUCUCAUUUCUGGUUUCUCUGCGAAUAAUAUGUUGGAUUGUGCGCUUAACAUCUUCAAGAAGAUGCCAAAACAUGAUGCUGUAUCAUGGAAUUGUAUGUUGUCAGCUUAUGUGCAAGCUGGGAAAGGAAGCUUUGCUGUUCAGAUAUUCAUUGACAUCUUAUCCGAAGGAAUAAAACCAAGUGAAUCAACAGUUACUUCCCUUUUUAGUAUUUGUGGUAGCCUCAAGCUUGGUAAACAGAUCCAUGCCCUCGUUGCUAAACGUGGAUUGGCUUCUUGUCUGUUUGUUGGUAAUGCUUUACUAAACAUGUACUUUAAGUUUGGGCCUGAGGAUGGAUUUUCGGUUUUUGAACAUAUGGAAGAACGGGAUUUGGUCACAUGGAAUACUUUUUUGACUGGCUGUGGUAAGAAUGGAUUUGCUGAAAAAGCUAUUCAAGCAUUUCAGAAAAUGAGAAAUGAGGGCUUUGUUCCUGAUGAGGUUAGUUUUCUCGGGGUUCUGCGUGCUUGUGGGGCUGCUGGACUAGUUGCUGAAGGACUGGCCUACUUCAGUUCCAUGGCUCUUAAUUACAAUAUGAAACCAAACAUUUAUCACUACACUGCUGUUGUUGAUCUUCUUGGAAAAGCAGGACGCCUCUUAGAGGCUGAAUCUAUUAUUAACAAGAUGCCUUAUGAGCCAGAUGUUAUCAUUUUGGAAACUCUUUUAGAAGCUUGUAGAAUCCACCAGAACUUCAACCUUGGCCAGAAAGUUGCAGAAAGACUACUUCAGAUUGGUGCGGAAGUAUCAAAUGGUUACGCAAUCACUUGUCAGGUUGAGAAUGAUGCACAACUGGGAGUGAAGUAUCCAUUGCGUCCAUCUUGUGUUUCUCUGUGUUCUUCAUGUUACAAACUACACCUGAGAAAGAGCAUCAGCAAUGGUGGGUAUGCAGAAAGAAUCAGUUUCUUUUAUUGUCCGCUUUCGCCAUGGUCUUCGACGGGAAAAGAGACGGGAAAAUUCAAUCCCCUGUCCGGAUUAGGAAUUGCUGCUUCCACUGGGACUAGGGAGAUGCUGACCCAAGUGGUGAAUGGUCUUACAUGUGUUCGCCAAAACUCUCGAUCUUGGACCCUUUACAACGUUUGUAGUGGACAGAUUUUCUCUGUUGGUUCCCGUCGUAUACCUGGAGAAUGGAAUCUUGGUGAAUCAAUGGGACGACUAGCCAUUUGGGCACCUCCUUGGAGAUUACCAUUAGAUCAUUCAUUGGGGAGGCAGUGUGAAGAUAAAUUUAUACUCUUUGUAUUGGAAGAAGACCAUCAGGAAAGCAGAUGGAGUAAGCAUGUUAUCGAAUUGCUCCAGGAAUGGAUUGAUUAUGGUGGCGGCGGUGCUGCUACCGUUGUAGCAGGGAACCUUCCUUCUGGUGAAGUUCUACUGAUGAAUCCUAAUGUUGGGGACCACGUAUCCAUGCCCGAGUAUUCAUAUGACCAUCGUCUGAAUAAGUUUGUUCGGUUCUUGGUCGGAAACAUCCCCCGCUACAUGGAAUUCGGCAAGUCUUCCUGUUUAUCAUCAGAUCAACUGCUAGCUGCUUAG